CAUUUCCUCCAUUCCGGUCUGACUCUUUGACCCGCUCCCCUCCGCUGACAGGCAGCUGUCACACGGCCAAAAUGUUGUCCCGUUCCCGGUGUCUCUCCAGGAAUUUUGGUCGCUCCCUUUCUGCGAUCCGCCAGGGAAAUAAUGUGUUGACUCGCAGAGGCGCAGCAGCUAUCACAACUAGCUACCCUUUCACUGCCAAGAACACUGUAAAAUCGGAUCCACGCUCCAGUGUCUUCCAAAUCCAAUACUUCAGGACCUCUCUUGCUUACAGAGAUGAAGUCCUCACCGUAAAGACCCCUGCCUUUGCGGAGUCUGUUACAGAGGGGGACGUGAGGUGGGAAAAAGCUGUGGGGGACACUGUUUCUGAGGAUGAAGUGGUGUGUGAAAUUGAAACUGAUAAGACAUCCGUCCAGGUUCCUUCACCCUCUUCCGGGGUGAUUGUGGAGCUUUUGGUUCCUGAUGGAGGCAAAGUCGAGGGAGGAACGCCCCUCUUCAAGCUUCGAAAAGGCCCUGGAGCUCCUCAAGCUGCAGAAACCCCAAAAGCGGAGGCCCCGGCAGCAGCUGCCCCUUCACCACCACCACCACCACCUGCUGCUGCACCUCCCCCUCCUACCCCCUCAGCUGCUGGCCCCAUUCCCACCACCAUGCCCCCUGUGCCGCCUGUGCCAGAACACCCUAUGGACGCCAUACCAGUGUCAGCCAUCAAGCCCACCACCACACCGGCAGCUCCUGUGGAUGGAGGGGCCAAAGCAGCCCGCACGGAGAGCAGGGUUAAGAUGAAUCGCAUGAGACUGAGAAUUGCCCAAAGGCUGAAGGAAGCCCAAAACACCUGCGCAAUGUUGACAACCUUUAAUGAGAUUGACAUGAGCAACAUCUCUGAAAUGAGAAAGGCCUACAAGGACGGCUUCCUGAAGAAGCACGACGUCAAGUUAGGCUUCAUGUCCGCGUUCGUGAAGGCAGCCGCCUACGCGCUCACUGACCAACCAGUUGUCAAUGCUGUUAUUGAUGACACAACCAAAGAGAUUGUGUACAGGGACUAUGUCGACAUUAGCGUGGCUGUGGCCACGCCAAAGGGCCUGGUUGUUCCUGUCAUCAGGAAUGUCGAAGGAAUGGAUUUUGCCGACAUUGAGAAGACCAUCAAUAUGUUGGGCGAAAAGGCCCGCAAGAACGAGCUGGCCGUUGAAGACAUGGACGGAGGGACCUUCACCAUCAGCAACGGCGGCGUGUUCGGCUCCAUGUUUGGGACACCCAUCAUCAACCCUCCUCAGUCUGCUAUCUUGGGCAUGCAUGGAAUAUUUGACAGGCCUGUGGCAGUGGCUGGCAAGGUGGAGAUCCGUCCCAUGAUGUACGUGGCCCUGACGUACGACCAUCGCCUUGUGGACGGAAGAGAGGCCGUCACCUUCCUGCGCAAGAUCAAGUCAGUGGUGGAGGACCCCAGGGUGCUGCUCCUCGACAUGUGAGCGCCCCCAGUCAGUUCCAAGCCCGACCGCCCCAAGCGACCAGUGGCAACACCCACCCUAUGAACAUCACUCAAAGGUUUUUUUUUUCUUUUUUUUUUUUUCUUUUUUUUUUGGGGAGGGGGGGUUGACAGUUGGUUUGUGCAAUAUAAGGCUGGCAGCGAUAGAUGGGUUUGGUACUAUCUGAGAAUUCCCCGGGUUCUGGUCUUUAGAUCAAAUAGUAUAUUCAAUCUUGUAUGUUCGACAUAUGUAAUUUUCUACAUACAAACAUGGUCAAGUUAUUAUGGAAUGACAAAUCGAGGUGAAACAUGCGUGGUGAGAGAACAUGAAUUCAUUCAAACAAAGGAACACAAUAUUAUGUCCAAAGUUAACUCUAAUUGGAGAAUUGAUGAUAUUUCACAGUAAUGUGGAACAUUCUCCUUAUGCUCUGCUAGAUAUUUAAGAAAAAAAUGUUUUAAUAAAAAUAUACACGACUGGA